ACAUUUAGGGCCAGAGUAAGCAAAGGACAGAAUAUCGAGUGAUUUAAAAGUCUUACACCUAUUUUGCCUGAGCAUGUGUAUCUAUGUCUCUAAGUAACAUUCCUCCAUAACAGAAUCAAUCACAUAUUUACAUUCAAAACAUAGCCAAUUAAAAGCAUGUAUCCCAGGGUGGUUCGUCCAUCCAACUUCGAGCCCACAGUGCUGCUAGGGCUGCUGCUCCUAUGGGGGCCUCUACGGUCCCAGGCCCAGAAUGACACAGAGCCUAUCGUCCUGGAAGGCAAGUGUUUGGUGAUCUGUGACUCCACUCCCAACUCUGAGCCAGCGGGAAAUGCCCUUGGCAUGUCAGUACGCUCAGGCACCGGCCGGGUGGCCUUCUCUGCCACCCGCCAGACCAACCAUGAGCCCACAGACAUGAGCAACCGCACCAUGAUCAUCUACUUCGACCAGGUGAACAAACGCAAAGAAACAUUGACCAUAUAAAGUAGUACAUCAACAGGUGAAGUUGACUCAUGCUUUCUGAUUAAGUAAUUCCCUUUGGCUGUUGAUUGAUUUCUCUGAUUGAUCAUUGAUGAAUUCUUGAUUUUUAUACCUUACCACCACUCCCCAUCUCUCUUAUUCUCCUGUAUUCAUUCUCUUCAUACCUUAGAUCCUGGUGAAUGUGGGCAAUCACUUUGACCAGGAGAGCAGUGUCUUCCUAGCCCCCAGGAGGGGAGUCUACAGCUUCAACUUCCAUGUAGUGAAGGCCUAUAACAGACAGACUAUCCAGGUGAGAAACACAUACACACCACAAAUACAUCGUAUGUAGCAUCCACACGUCUCACAUACGGUUAGUUAUUUGGCAUUGAGACUCUGGGGUUCUUCUCCAGGUUAGUCUGAUGGUGAAUGGGUGGCCAAUGAUCUCAGCCUUCGCUGGGGACCAGGAUGUGACGCGGGAGGCAGCCACCAACGCAGGCCUGGUGAUCAUGGAGAGAGGAGACAAGACCUACCUCAAACUGGAGAGGGGAAACCUGAUGGGCGGCUGGAAGUAUUCCACCUUCUCCGGCUUCUUGGUUUUUCCCCUAUAGGGAGACAGUCAGCAGGAGGGAGAGGAGGACAGAGGGAAAAUACGGAGAGAAAUAGGGAUUGGGUGGAAAAGGGUGCGACUGAGAAAGAUAUAUGAUUUCAUGUCUGAGAGAGACAAUUAUAGAUGAGGGAUGGAGGGAAACCGAAAGACAUAAUGAACAUUGAUAGCUACGGGUAUUUGAAUUGUCUCAUUCCGUGUCCAGUCUGUGUGUAACUUGUCCUGUAGGAUGGAGGAUCGAGAUAAUAUUUUUGUUCAGACACCAGAGUUGAUGAUGUGCAGUAUGGUACAAAAAUGGCAAUGUGCAAUCAAUUUGUAUCUUUUUCAUUUUCAAGUAACAAGAAAAGUAAAUCAUGUAGCCCCUUAAAACAUGGCAAGACCUUAAUGCAACAUUUGAUUGACAUUUGGAUUACCUGUUAAUCUGGCCAGCCCCCAUGGUUUCCUGCUUUGUUUAACCUGUUUGUCCUGUGAUGGAUUAUAUUUCCCAUUUGCCUGUAUGUGUUUUGCAGUGUGCAUACCUCUUAUGGAGAUUUAAACAAGUCAUAUUAAAAUGAAUAUAUACAUUAGCUCUUUAGAGGUACAAUGUGAAUAAGAUUAUU